UUCUCACUCUCUCAUUUUUCUUUUAAUCUCACUACUCUCUCUGUCUCUCUCUGUCUCUCUCACUCGCUCAACUCAAAAAAAAAACAACAACAAGAGUGAAGAGUCAGUGAAAAGAUUCCCACGCUCCAACCCCUCGCCAUGGCGUCGGACUCCGUGAAGCAUAUACCUUUUCACGGCGUCUCCGCCUUCUCCUCCGUCACAUUCGAAAUCAAAAGCUUUUUCUCCGCCGUGAAACCAAGAAAAACCUCAACGUUUGUCUAUGCCUUCGUCAUUACAUUCCUUGUCUUCACUGUUUUCUUAGCCUUUAGUCCUUCUCCCAUCACAGUCACUCCUUCCGUUUCUUCCUAUAUUCUCCAUACUGUCACUGUCUCUAAUUCAUCCAACUCUUCGUCACCGACCUUCGAUUCCGAUUUCACCACAUUGCGAGCACCAGCGCCGGAAAAUCUCGCAGCGGUUACUAAAAACGUAACCUUUGAGUUCCCCAUCGCAAAUGUGACAACAUCCCCGAUUGCUGAAAACAACACUUUUCACUUCCAGACCGAUCAUGCAAACAUGUCGUGUCCUGACGAUAAUACUGCUCGAGAUUUGAACAAACAUCGAGCGAGGAAAGAACCUCUGUCGGAGGUUCUAGCCGUCAAUUCCACUGCUUCUCCGAAUCGAAAACAGAGGAGGAAGUCUUCCCUGAGAAAAGAGAUCGAGUCUCUGAAGAAUUGCGAGUUCUUCGAGGGAGAUUGGGUCAGAGACGAUUCGUAUCCGCUUUACAAACCCGGUUCGUGUAAUCUGAUCGAUGAACAGUUUAAUUGUAUCUCCAACGGAAGACCUGACGUGGAAUUCCAGAAGUUGAAGUGGAAACCGAAGAAAUGCACUUUACCAAGAUUAAAUGGAGGGAAACUUCUGGAGAUGAUUAGAGGAAGAAGGCUUGUGUUUGUUGGAGAUUCGCUUAAUAGAAACAUGUGGGAGUCUUUGGUUUGCAUUCUUAAAGGAUCAGUCAAAGAUGAGAGUCAAAUCUUUGAGGCUCAUGGAAGGCAUCAGUUCCGUUGGGAAGCUGAGUACUCUUUUGUUUUUAAAGAUUAUAAUUGUACUGUGGAGUUCUAUGCAUCGCCUUUCUUGGUUCGAGAAUGGGAAGUUAUGGACAAGAACGGGACAAAGAAGGAGACAUUACGGUUAGAUUUGGUCGGCAAGUCAUCGGAGCAGUACAGAGGAGCAGAUAUUCUUGUAUUCAAUACCGGUCAUUGGUGGACUCAUGAGAAAACUUCCAAAGGGGAGGAUUAUUAUCAAGAAGGGAGAAAUCUUUACCCGAAACUAGACGUGGAUGAAGCUUUCCGAAAAGCAUUGACAACUUGGGGUCGAUGGGUUGAUAAGAAUGUAAAUCCAAAGAAAUCACUUGUUUUCUUCCGUGGUUAUUCCCCAUCACAUUUCAGCGGAGGGCAAUGGAAUGCGGGAGGGGCAUGCGAUGAUGAAACAGAACCGAUAAAGAACGAGACUUACCUAACUCCUUACAUGCUGAAGAUGCAGAUACUUGAAAGAGUUCUACGGGGAAUGAAAGCGCCUGUCACAUAUCUCAACAUUACAAGGUUAACGGAUUACAGGAAGGACGCUCACCCGUCGAUAUACCGGAAACAGAAACUAUCUGCGGAAGAAAGUAAAUCACCAUUAUUGUACCAAGACUGUAGCCACUGGUGCCUCCCUGGGGUGCCUGAUUCUUGGAACGAAAUUCUCUAUGCCGAGUUGCUCGUAAAACUUAACCAGCUUGGCGGCAAAAGACGGCGGAAACCAUAGAACAACCAUUGGAGUUGAAUCCGCAUCAUUUUAGAUGGAUUCAGAGCUUUAAUGGAAACACUAGUGUAGAUGAGAAUAGUGCCACGUUCAUGAUCUUGGUUUGAGAUUGUAAAUGGGUUUGUGAUUACAAGUAAUAGUAAAGAUAUGCGGCAUAUGUCUAACCCGAACUGAACCAGAAUAUCAGAGCAGGAAACCAAACCAAAAUUUAUCUAUUUCUAAUGCCUACUACCCGACAUCUGAAUUCUAAUGAAGAAUCAUUUGGAGAAGAGAAUCCGGUUGAUAAUAUGGACAGGUAAAGCGUAGGCAGGAUCAAUUGGUUUGACUCCAGGAUACUCGAGAAGAGAGAGCCCUACACAAUUUACACUAAACUGACAC